UUUGGAGGAGGCUGCCAGCUGCACUUGUCGUUUGUUUCAUUCCAGCAAGAGAGGGAGAGAGAGGUCGAACUUUUUCUGAAGUACAGACAAUCUUGGCAAGAGAGAGAGAGAGAGAGAGAGAGAGAGAGAGAAGGGGAGAGCGACUGUGAAAGAAAAGAGAGAGAGAGGGAAGGCGAGCUGUUUGCCCAAACCCCGUCGGCUUCCCAGUGUGCGUAUCCCAGUGUUGUUCAGCCAACCGUGCUGUGGACAGUGCCACCGUGUCUGCGUGUAGCUCCGCUCGUAUUGAACUCCUGCUUGCCGCUGACCAGUGGAGAGUGAAGAGAGAGUGAAGAGAGAGAGAGAGGGAGGAGUGGGAGGAGGAGGAACAGAGUGUCGGACACCCUGUCGGUGGGUUUGCCCCGGCGGAGGUGAUUUAUUUAUUUUUUUUCUUGCGAACCAUGCUGGAAAACACAGGUGGAUCAAGAGCGGAUGCUAAAGUGAAUAAUCAGUCAGAAACUACUAAAUGUGCAAUGGAAAGUGGUGACGGGAACACCGGAAUCCAAAUCAAUGGAUUGGACUUUCAGAGGCAGACGGUGCCGACCACAAGUGCAAUCACUAAUGCACACGCACAAGCCCUCCUCCAACAGUCUAAGUCGGAAGACUCGAGCGCUCUUCCGACCUCCGUCCAGCAGAGCGUAUUGCCUCAAACCCAGCUAAUGUUGGCCGGGGGACAGAUUGCUGGAUUGACCCUGACCCCAGCCCAGCAGCUGUUGAUCCAGCAGGCCCAAGCUCAGCUCCUGGCUGCAGCCGUGCAGCACUCAGCCAGCCAGCAGAACAGCACCACCGGGGCCAGCAUCUCGGCCUCCGCAGCCACGCCCAUCACCCAGCUGCCCCUGUCACAGCCCAUCCAGAUCGCUCCCCAGAUACAGCAGCAGAAUCUCAGCCUGCCUCAGUUCGUUCUGGUGCAGCCCGGCCACCCGAUCACCACGUCACUGCAGCCUCAGUUCAUCAUCUCACCGUCACCGCAGGCCCAACAGAGCAUAUUGCAACCCCAGGGUCUUCUAACUCAACUACCUCCAAGCCAAGCUAACCUCCUGCCGACUCAACCAAGCAUCACCCUCGCUCAGCCUGCAACACCAACCCGCACGACAGCAGCCACACCUAUUCAGUCCUUGCCCAACAGUCAGACACCACCCAAACGGUUGGAUACCCCGACUCUGGAGGAGCCUAGUGAUCUGGAGGAACUGGAACAGUUUGCCAAGACCUUCAAACAGAGGCGUAUCAAACUGGGAUUCACACAGGGAGACGUUGGCCUGGCUAUGGGGAAGCUUUACGGAAACGAUUUCAGCCAAACGACCAUCUCUCGCUUUGAGGCCUUGAACCUAAGCUUUAAGAACAUGUGUAAACUCAAGCCAUUGCUGGAGAAGUGGCUCAACGAUGCAGUUUGUGCAGAGAACCUGACAUCUGACCAGGCCCUGUCCAGCCCCAGCGCCCUGGGCUCCCCGGGCAUGGGCAUAGAGGGGAUCAACCGCAGACGGAAGAAGAGGACGAGUAUCGAGACCAACAUCCGAGUGGCCUUAGAAAAGAGCUUUCUGGAGCAGAACCAAAAACCUACCUCUGAAGAGAUCACCAUGAUCGCUGACCAGCUCAACAUGGAGAAGGAGGUGAUUCGGGUCUGGUUCUGCAAUCGCCGGCAGAAAGAGAAGAGGAUUAACCCCCCCAGCAGUGGCAGCAGUGGAGGCGGCAGCACCCCCAUCAAAACCAUCUUUACCCCCAGUAGCCCUUUGGUGGCCAGCACAGCAAGCUUUGUGAGCAGUCCAACUAUUAACACGCCCACCACCCUGACUGUAAACACAGUGAUGCCUCUCACCAGCACCAGCGUCUCCGGUUUGUCCUUCACAGGCACGACGGGUGGAGCCACAAACACGGCGUCCGUCAUCUCCACUACACCUAUGGUUACCACAGCGACCAGCUCUCCGUCUCUAAGCCCGUCGCCCGUUCUGUCCACGACCGCAGAGAGCAAGGCCGGCAUUCACGCGCAAACCAUCGUCACCCAGGCCCCGACUUCCACAGCGGCCACUUUAGGGACGGGUCAGGUGAUGGUGGCGGCGCCGGGGUUAUCCGCUGCGCUGCAGGGUGCCCAGUUACCCACCAGCUUCGCUGCUAUGGCUGCCGCCGCCGCAGGGCUCAACCCAGGCCUGAUGGCGUCCUCCCAGUUCGCUCCGGGGGGGGCCCUGCUCAGUCUGACUCCUGGUGGCCUUGGCAGUGCGCUGAGUCCUGCGCUCAUGAGCAACAGCACCCUGGCUACCAUCCAAGCAGGCAGGUUUGGUCUUCCGUUCGCUGAAACUCAUCCAACGCCAUCCUUUAUCUUCUCUACAGCUCUCGCGUCGAGCGGCACAAUCCCCAUCACUUCUCUGGACGGCACCAACCUGCUGUUCGCCAACACCUCCGCCGGCAACACGCCCAACCUGGUGACCACGCCGCUCUUCCUCCCCCAGAACCUGUCGCUGCUCGCCAGCAACCCCGUCAGCCUGGUGUCCGCCGGCGCCGGGGGCCUGCAGGUCACUGCCGACGCUCACCAUCACCAAGCCACCACGGCCGCCGUGCCUGUGCAACCCUCAACCAUUACCACUGCCUCCAAGGCUCAGUGAUGCUAGUCGGGGCUGCAUCCCGAAUGAACGCCCUAUUUCUUAUGUCGUGCACUACCGCUAUCACACCACGUAGGGAAUAGUCGUUUGAUAGAGGCUCUGCACUUCACUAACCACCCCACCUUCUCUCCAUUGUAUCUAUCAUUAUUUAAUCCUUUUGCUGCCACCAAAAAGAAAAACAGCCUCGAAACGAGGUUUUGUUUUUUAGUUCCUUUUCCUGUCUUUAUGAUUCUUGGAUGUUUUUUUUAUUUUUAUUAUUUUUCCCCCACAAACAGUAGCCAGAUGGACACUGUUGUUGGCCUGCCGCUUUCUCAUGAACCUUGACGAGUGUCCAGGAGGGAGAAAAAGAAAUCCUCGCCACCGUCAAGCUGUUCGUAUUUUGUACAUAUAUAUAUAAAUAUAUAUAUAUCCUCCUAUUUCCAGGUCAGAAUUUUUUCUGAAAUACUUCUAACCAAAAAAAAAAACUUUAGGAUUUUUUGCUCUUUUAACAUUCAAACUAAACUGAUUUUACUACUAAUUUCACAAUAUUCAUCAUCACUAAUGGGGAUUUGUGUGUCGCCCCAUCUUUAAUUAUGUUUUUUUUUUUAGUUUAUUAUGGACAGGCCUUGACGUAAAUCAUAUCAAAGUUAUAUUGUAGAGUCUCUUUCCUUUUUAUCUUUUGCUGUCUAUAUAUUUUUUUUUUUUACAUUUUCAGAACUUUGUAAGUCUAAUAUUAAGUUAAGAUUUAACUAUCACUUUUUAAUCGUGGUUAUAAGGCUUUAAAAACAAGUAAUAAGUGGCCGAUAUAAAGGUUAUCAUUGCUUUAAAGGGUCAGAGAGGCCCGACGUGUGUCUCUCUGGGUCUCUCUCUCCUUCUGGAAACACUGACUUUUACACUUCGCUGCGGCGGCGGCGACGUAGCCACAGAAGGUUUUUUUUGUAAAACGACGGUCUGGGUGCGGAUUCUUAAAAAAAAAUGACACUGAUCACACAUCGAGAGCUUUAACGAAGAGCUGCAACACGUGCAGUCCGGUUUGAGGGUGGUGAUUUUUUUUGUUUGUUUUUGUUUUGUUCUUGGUAUGGUGGUUCGUUUUUGGGGGGGGCGGGAUGAAGAAAAACAAACAAAACUGUAUAUUAUGUUUGGAUUCAGAGGUAGACGUUAGAAGUGUGCAUGUGUCAGCAGAUGCUGAGAGUUCAGUAGCUGCAUGUCCACGAGGCUCUGCGGCCGACUGGUCUGUUUUUAUGGGGCGGGGGGUGAUGGCUAGUCAGAGGGGGCAUCAUACCAAAUGUGUGGUGGCGUUGGCUAGACGGGGGUUGUUGUGUUGUUUUCUUUUUUUUAAUAGUAGUACCGUCGUAUCUACUUGUGCACAGUAUCUGUACCAAAAAACUGGAUUGAUGAGCUGCAGUCUGCCUGUUUUGGGAGGAAUGAAAUUCUGUCUUUUUAUUUUUAAUUUCCUUUUUUUUUUAUUGUCUGCAGUCGUCCGACUGGCUUACGUACUUUAAGAUAUACCAAAAAUAUUUGUUAAAAUAAUUGCUGUGUGUAGUCGGUGUAGCUUAGUCUAGUCGAUAUAUUUAUGAGUACAGAAUCUCUCUCCAUUGUCAACAGAAUUAUAGAAAUGCAAUAUUUUGAUGAUCAUUUUCCAAAGAUGACCUUUUUUUCUUAAUUUUGUUUGUUUUUUAAUUUGACCAAGCGUCUCAUCGCUCAACUUUUUUAAAAUUGGCGGCACAACUGACCAAAAAAUAUAUAAAACCAGAGGAGCAUGAGAGCGAUUAGAUUUGAUUUUUUUACUCUUCGUGAAUUGGUUUUCCAUCGACGGCGGAGGUGGGGGCUUCGUCCCCGACGCCCGAUCCUUGAUUUCUUUGAGCCAUGUAAUGGUUUUUGUUCCUUGUUCGUCAGUUUUGGCCGUUUGGGUAGCAGUUUUCGGACUAUUUCCGACGCAUCGCGGAGAGGUUCUGUUUUUUGGUUUUGUACUAAUAUUCAGCCAUAAAACAAACAGCUUUGAACCAAAGUGGUUUUCCUCAGUAGUUGCUGUGCCUAUCCGAGCACGAUCUCUAUACUCUUCACACUGCUGACAAAUAACUCCUCCUCUUCCUCCUCCUCCCACCACCCGACCCCGAUUUUUAAAAGAAAAAGGAUCACACACACUUAGCUUUAACAACUUGCUGCUGGAGUUGGAGCUGUUGAGAGGCCUGCAUGCUUUUCGCUAUAGCUUUAUGACUACGGACGCCCUGUGGAAAUCAGGUCACGUGGUCUUCGACCCUUCCCCGCGAUGGAGGGAGGGCUCACCUAUGUAAAUGCAUAAAUCCGACAUACCGCACCUCCUCAGCGCCGACAUUUAUGAACCAGCAUGUUACGAAACGACGUGCUGCUUCCCUUAAAGAAAAAUCUCGUAAAACCUGCCCGAUUAUCUUGAGCUACACGUUAAACUUACACCCCUACACACACACACACACACACACACAGAGAAGUGGCAUUAUUAGCUGCUUCCAGGUGACAAAAUGAAAUCACUGAGACUGUAAGACGCAGUGAGAUUUGUUCAUGUUCUCCUCUCGUGUACUUCUUUUCUGUUGUUGAAUUACUUUGACUGAAUAUACCUCAGCAGCACCUAAACAUAAGGUUCACCUUGAGACAUUUCUGUGUAUAGACCAGUGUAGAAUGUAUAAGUACUGUCUGGCUCGCCAUUCAAAGUUUAUACUGAUGAACAAUACAUAGGAACCAUACAUUUAAAAAAAAAAAAAAAAGGACAACCUACUACUGCUAUUUUCUAGUACUACUAUUUAUGGGGUAUUUCCAGGUUUAAAUGUUAUUUUGAGAUCCUUCUUGCCAAAGUAAAAGCCUUUUCUCUUCGCAGCUAGGCGGGUGUCUGGCUGCUCAUGUUGCUGGUUGGUUGGUGGUGGGUUUGUUUCCCCCUCCUCCGUCUUUUAAAAGGCCACAUCGCGGAGGCGGGGCGGGGGCGGCCUGGCGGGACUCGACGUCCUGCGUCCAGUGCUGUUUGUAGUUACUGAAGAGUUCGAACGCGUGCUGGCAAAGACGAACCAGUUGCCAUCAGCACCGAUAGGAUGUUACUGAAAUAUUUAUCGUGAGGAAAGAACUUAAGAAUUAGAGAAACGAUCUUUUCUUAAUUCUAUACAUAUAAAUAUAUAUAUAAACACGUGUAAGAUAUUCAUAUUUUAUAUUUGAACCAGUAUGUUAUCAAGACUGAAUGUAGUGUUUAUCUUGCUUACUCGAAAAGUAAAAAAAAAAAAAGAAUAAAAACUCCCCUAAAUCUUCCUUUUUUUUUAUUAUUAUUAUUGCAUAAUAGCAAUUUUUUUUGUUUUUGUUUUUUGAAAACUGUCAAGACCAAAAAAUAAAGAGAUAAAACGUGAGACCAGGCCUCGGCGGCGGCGGCGGCGUGAGGUUGCUGACACUUUGUCGUGUAUCUGCGAGGAGGCUCGAACAGGCGCGCCCGACUCUGAAGCAUCUUAAUCUUUUUAGUUUGUUUUCGUUGGACUUGAGUUGUUGUGCUGUCUUUAACAAUCAUUUUGAUUUUUUUUUUUUUAUAAUUAAUUGUCUUUUGUAUAGUGCGAGAGGGCAAGAUCACUGGCUUUCUUAGUUUGAAAAAGAUUAACAUUAUCAUUUAUGCCUUAUUGUUAUGUAGAAGACAUGAGCAUUGUAGCAUCGUUGUGUGUGUGUGUGUGUGCGUGAGAGAGCGUCGAGCUCACCUGGUGCGUUGUUUUCACUGAAACUAUACGGUGUACUUCUGGGGCAUUUUUUAUUUCUUUUGGAGCAUGAUUUUAUGUUGCUACCUAUGUUUUUUAGGUGUGACAUUAGACAGGUGGAGGAAACCUGUGAGAAAAGCUUUACUAAUAAUUCCAGCAGGUGGUGUGUGUGUGUGUGUGUGUGUGUGUGUGUGUGUGUGUGUGUGUGUGUGUGUGUGUGUCAAUAGGGAGGGCAGUCUGCAAACAAUUAUGGUGCAUUUUUAUUUUUUUUCCCAUCUUCCAGUGGAUGUUUGUUUUUUAAAAAAUAAGAUGGCGAGACACGAAAGUACUUAAUUUGUCUUUGUCCUUUGGCGGGAGGUCUCUACUGAUUAACUAAAGCCUUGAAGCGAGCCAGUCCUCGGUUUAUAAAACUACACUUUGUGGUCAUAAGUGUGACUCUUUCACGUCUACUGAUGAUCUUUUUUUGUUUUGUUUGUUUUUGUUUUAGUGGCUCGGCUUUAACGCUUUAGUUCCGUGACGUGAUUGUGAGAUUUUUCGACAUGUUCAGCCAUGUAUCAAGUCGUAGUAAAUAAUGUUGUGGCCCGCCACACCGGUCUGCUGUUUUUUUUUUUUUUUGUUGUUUGGUGUUUUUUAAACUUCUCGCGUCGACAAAGGAAGUGCAGAGCACCAGUAAAAAGGCAAAAGGAGCUGUUGUAUACCUCAUUUCAACUCAAAGACUGAGUGAAACCUGCUUUAAUCUACUUAAGAAAUAAAAAUAUAAAAAAGAAAAACACAAAAAAAAAAAAAAGAUGAAAAUACACAAACUCGCGUCGGCCGGAGAAGCCCGUUUCACACCCGCGCUGCGUUGACGGGUCGUGGCGGUUAAACCGCCGCGAGGGGGAGACGCUCGCAUACCUGCACUCAUGAAUGUCUGCUGUCUCUAAUGUCACGAUUUGGUGUUUUUAUGCUGCACACUGAUUUAUUCCUUCAGCAUUGGAUGGAAACGAUUCGUAACUUGAGCUAAAACUUUUAUUUAUUCCGUUUACUGUCAGUUAAGUUACUUUUGAGCACCCCUCCAUGUUUGAACACUUUUUUUUUUUUAAGUUCUGACAAUCCUGUUUGUGUAUUAUUAUAAUUAUUAUUAUUAUUAUUAUUUCACCCCGUGCGGGUUCAGGUAUGUACGCGUGUCUCCUCGCCACGCGCCGUCGCGGCCCGUCCUUCGCUCUCCUGUGGUACCAACAUUUAACCAAAGACUUCUAACUUGAUUGUAUACGAACGACGGCGACGACGACGCCGUCUCUCGCCCAUCCCCGCCUCACUGCUCACAGCAUCAAAUGUCGCCCGAUUCGAACCUUUUUACUGCAUGCGAAUGUGUGUUCACACUCCACGCGGCAUCGCGUCGGUGCUGCGGUUUCAGUGCCUGUGGGCGGGGAUCGUCGAGGCGGGCGGCUUGGCCGAGCGGGCUUCUCCGACCGACGCGAACCGAUCCGGUGGUAGCUGGGUGAUGUUUGUUAAUACACACUGAGGGUUGAUCCUGUGCACACUGUACAUGCUCAGGACUCUGUAUGUUUGUCUGUCUUGAGCGCUGUUGCUAGGAUGCCACCUCCUCCACCUCCACCUACCCAACCUUCCCUCUCUCUCUCUCUCCACCUCUUUCUCUCUCUCUCAAGGACUGUGGUGAAAAUGCUGUUCCUGCCUGUCACAGUGUGUCUGUCCCCUCCUCAUCAUCUGUACACUGUAUAGUCCGAGGACAUUAACCCUGUUGUCUCCAGGAAAAUACACAUCCUGCGGUCACUAAAACUCACUGCUGUGCCACCUCCUUCCUCCUCCUCUUCUUCUGCUCUCCUCCUUUUUGACAUCGUCUCCUCACUACAGACUCUGAUCAGCUGUGACACUAUGCAUCAUGGUCCUUCACUCUGCGUGGACCGUGUGUCCCCUCCGGCUCAGAGCUCUGAGCCGACGGGCUUCGGUGACACUUUGUUUAAAAUGCUUUAACUCCAAGUGAGGUUUUGUAGGACCUCCCACGAGCGCUAUCCCAAAGCAAAAAUCCAAAUAUUUAACUUUUGACAAAUGCAGAUACCAAAGAUAUCUCUCUGUCCUGUGUCUUUUCUCUCCUUUCCACCCUGCAGCAUGUGUAUUAAGAGACAAACCCAGCACUGGCUUUAGUCCUAGCCUCAGUAAUUCCAAAGCUUAGAUGUAUAUUUUGGUAUAUUUCUGAGAAAAAC